AUGCCAAGGAACUGCGAUGGAGAUUCUGGGCGUAGUUCAUGUUCGGCUGCUUCAAUAACGCUCAGUCCAGUCUUAGACUUUCACCAGUUUGAGGCUAAAAAAAUGUCGAGAAAACAAGAUUCAAUCACAAAUCUAAAAGUUAGCACUCAACCAAGAAACUUUGCCAGUAUCAUUAAAUCUCCGGAUGAAAAAGAUCCAUUUCCCAGUUGUAGACUUCCAAGGAACCAUAGAAAAGCUGUGUUCACCUUGUUUGAUACCCCAAGAUUAGGAGGCUUAAGUAAUGCUCACUCUACACUAAAUAUAGCAACCAGCACACAAAUUGAGAGGUCAGAAUUACAAGACAAUGCUAUUUCACUGACGGCACUUAAUAAAGAUGAAGAAAAAGUAAUUAAAAGACAAGUCCCUGUAAAUAGUCACUUUAGAAGAGGUAAACCAGUACAAAGAGCAGCUUCAAGACUCUAUAAAGCAGAUAGUGUGAGAGGGAAGGAUGAAUGUGUAGGCCCAGAGUUCAUAGUCCGAGCAUCACAACCUGUUAAAUCCUUAGACCUGACCAUCUCUGCUUUAUGUGAUAAAAGACUGAUUACUGCAGUACUUCUAAAUGGUCAACGAGUUGAAGUUCUGUGUGACCCAAAUACAGUUACAGCUGGACAAAUAUUUGAACAUUUAAUUACUACUGAAAAAUAUGAACACAAUUUUAUGCUUGGCAUUGCAAUAUUAAUUGGGGGAGACUUUGUUUUUCUACCAGAUGAUUAUAAAAUAAAAAAAGUUGUACCUGAAAGGUGGCAUAAAACAAGCCACAAAUAUAACAAAAAUUCAGAUGAAGAUAUAUCAGUCACAUUAUUUUUAAGAAUUAAAUUUUUCCUCCCAGUAAAUGUAUCAAAUAGCAUACAAAGUGGUGAAUGGCAAUAUAGAGUGUAUUUACAACUCAGACGAGCUACUGUUGAAGGACAGAUGAUAUCAACCAUUCCGAAUCUCAUUUUACUAGCAGGAUAUGCAUUACAUAUUGAGUUUGGUGAAUUUUCUUACCGAGAACAUGGGACUGCUGAUUAUUUUUUACUGGAACAUUAUUUACCUGAAUCUUUAAUAACGAACGAUAUGGCAGAUGUUAAGUUUCGCAUGAAAAGGGCCCACGAAUCCCGACGAGGCUUAGACAAAAGCAAAGCUAUUGUAAAUUAUAUAACCCUUGCACAGACUUUUAGAGAUUAUGGUGCACAUUUUUACUCUGCAAUAUGGGCUACUAGAGACGGAUUUUGUCGCGAUGUAUGGCUCUCCAUUGGCCCCAGGGGUGUUACUAUUUAUUCUAGAACGAAUCAAAUUUCAGAAGAUUCUACUUCGAAUCCAAACAGAAUAGUACUGCAAAGCUUGCCAUGGCAUCACAUACACACAUUCUAUUAUAACAAAAAAAGCCUGUACAUAAUGCCUAAUGCAUAUUCUGGUCUAUCCAAAAUAGGGAUCAAAUAUAAACUUAAAAUGUUAGACAAUAAAAGCUAUUUUGCUUUUUGGUUGGCAUCAUUACACCAUCGAUUAUAUUUAAAAUUAUAUGCAAAGGACGAUUUCAUAAAUUAUUUAUCAGGUGAACUAAACUGUCCAUUGAAUGCAGAUAGCCCCAAGAAGACAGACUGUAGUAAUUAUCAAGAUAGCUAUAAUAUAGCUGUUAGGAAUCCAACAAAAAUUCGACGACCAGUUAGGCGAAGAUUUAAGGUGGAUUUAUUUGGUGAUAAAAAAUCUCAAAAUAAGGAAAACGAAAGACCCAAUACUGAACUGUUAUUACGACAAAUUUUAUCACCUCCGCUGAGCGACGAAAGCUUAGUAAAUUCUCCGGUGAAAAAUGGUCAAAGGAGUUCAUCAAAUGAAGGCCUAUCUUCAUCAGAAAGUAGUUUACCAAGAAGACAUGGUGUUAAAAUGGGCACUCGAGUUUUUAAUGGUAUGAAAACAACGCUAAAUGGUAAAUAUACGCGGUCGCCUUCCAAACUUCUGUCGGUCCGAUCGGACGGUGAUUUGGCAACGACACAUAGUGAUUCCGACGACCUCUCAGAGCAAAGACAAUGUAAUGUCAAUAGCAUGAAGUUGCUACCCGAGAGGUCAUACAGCCAAAAUAUGAUCCAAGCACCAACCGCCUAUGUAUUAGAAUCUCCGAAAGUUUACUCUGACGUGUUUAAUUAUGACACGGGAAACGAAUCUUGUGUAAAUAAUUCUAUAUUUGAAAGAUUAGACAAUAUGGAAUGUGUUCAAGGGGAAAGGAUUUUUGUGACGGCUGUUCUAGAGAGAGAUAAGAUGAAUGCUUUAGGUCUUCAAGUUGCAGAAGGAUCUGAUGGCAAUGUGUAUAUAAAAUCCAUUACCUCAGGAAGUCCUGCAGAUUUAUGCGGGAAACUUUUACCCGGAGAUCAAAUAAUAUCAGUGAACGGACAAACUUUACUUAACUUAAAAUAUGACAAAGCUUUAAAUAUGCUGCAAGCAGCACCAGUACAAGUGGAACUUAUUGUGCUCCAAAAUACGACUAAGAAUAGCGUUUCGGACCAAUGUGAUAGUGUCUUAAACUCGGAAUCUCAUGGUUUAGAAAAUACGUUAAGGCAUGGUAUAGCUAGUGCUCUGGAUGCAGACUUAACUGAUGAUGAACUACUAAAUGAGGAAGCUUUGAAAACAAUUUAUGCUUUAAUAAAAUUGACAAAAGAAAAAGUUAUCAGUCGUAUGAAAGAUAAAUCAAAUAGACAGAGCACGCAUAAUUCGAGUAACUUACAAAAAUGUUCUUCUGAGAAUAAAGUCUACGAAGAAUCGGAUGUUGGGAAUUAUUCCUCCCAAGAAAAUACACCACAAAAGAAGAAUACCCAGAAAUUUAAUACGUGGAAAGGACAUUUAAACAAUCGGCACAAACGACGACCGUUGAGCUUAAGCAUUCCCGCAGACGUUCAUAUAUCUGACAAUUACUUAAACGAUGAUGAUCUUAUAAAGAAAUCAUCUCUAAAAUCCAUUCAAUCGUCCCUAAAUAGUUUAGAUAAGUCAGUGCACAGUGGUUCUUUGAAAAAUGUGGCGUUCCCAAGAAACUUUGGGCUAAGUAGACGGUGGUUAGGUCCAGUGCGGUACCCAGUGACGCCUUGCAAGAACGAUGUAGCCAAAAUGGAAAAUGCAAUGGAAGGCAAUGUUGUAAGAAGACGAUUUAUUUAUGGUACAGGAGACUCUGAUGAAGAGCAGAUAUUUUUA